AUGAAGAUGUACUCCCUGGCUGUCACCCCCAACGGGCACCUGGAGGGCAGGGGGUCGAUGCCCCCUCCCAUCAUCCUGCGCACGGCGGCCACCCCGAUGCCCACCCCAAAGUGCUCCCCGCACAUGGACUCGGUGCACACCUUCGUGGACUCGAGGAGAGGCAGCAACGCUUCCCUGGACCCCACGAGCUACGAUCAGAAGUCCCUGUCCAGCCUCCGCAGUUCCCCUUGCGCCAACUGGGGCACCAGCAGCAACUGGGGGAGCCGGCGCUCGAGCUGGAACAGCCUGGGCAGAGCCCCGAGCCUCAAGAAGAAGAACCAGUCAGGAGAGAGGGAGUCCCUGCUCUCGGGGGAGGGCAAGGGCAGCACCGACGACGACUCGGACGACGCCAAGUCCAGCACGGUGAGCCGGCCCUCGCUGCACCGGCGGGCGGAGUCGCUGGAUUACCGCAGCUCCCUGGAGCUGCCGGAGCUGCUCCAGCUGCCCCCCGUGCGCCACUCGCUCGGGGUGAGCCCCGUGGCGCUGCCCCCUGAGUUCCAGGACUGCAACGGCAAGAUGGUGCACGUGCCCAGCGAGCUCUUCCUGCGCGUCGACAGGCACAAGGAGGACACCCUGGACUACGAGGACGACAUGGAGGAUAGUUACUGCUACCGGAUCCGCAAAGCCCUGGAGCCCUACAAACCCCAGUGGUGCAAGACUCACGAAGACUGGUCCCUCUACUUGUUUUCCCCCCAGAAUCGGUUCCGGGCGAUGUGUCAGAAGGUCAUCGCCCACAAAAUGUUUGAUCACGUGGUGCUGGUCUUUAUAUUUCUCAACUGCAUCACUAUUGCCCUGGAGAGACCAGACAUAGACCCACAGAGCACGGAAAGGAUAUUCCUCAGCGUUUCUAAUUACAUCUUCACUGCCAUCUUUGUGGCUGAAAUGAUGGUUAAGGUGGUAGCUCUUGGCUUUUUCUCUGGGGAGAACACCUACCUGCAGAGCAGCUGGAACGUUCUGGACGGAGUCCUGGUCUUUGUGUCUAUCAUUGACAUUAUUGUGUCCAUGGCAUCAGCAGGAGGAGCCAAAAUCCUGGGUGUCCUUCGAGUUUUGAGACUUCUGCGGACCUUGAGACCUCUCCGAGUCAUCAGCAGAGCCCCGGGUCUGAAGCUGGUGGUGGAAACCUUGAUCUCCUCCUUGAGGCCUAUCGGGAAUAUUGUUCUCAUCUGCUGUGCUUUCUUCAUUAUCUUUGGGAUUUUAGGGGUCCAGCUCUUCAAAGGGAAGUUCUACUACUGUGAUGGUCCUGAUGUCAAAAACAUCACCACGAAGACCGACUGCACCAACGCUCGCUACAAAUGGGUCCGGCGCAAGUACAACUUUGACAACCUGGGGCAGGCCCUCAUGUCCCUGUUUGUCCUCUCCUCCAAGGACGGGUGGGUGAACAUCAUGUACGACGGGCUGGAUGCCGUGGGCAUUGACCAACAGCCCAUCCAGAACCAUAACCCUUGGAUGCUUCUCUACUUCAUCUCCUUCCUGCUCAUCGUCAGCUUCUUCGUGCUCAACAUGUUUGUGGGGGUGGUGGUGGAGAACUUCCACAAGUGCCGGCAGCACCAGGAGGCAGAGGAGGCGCGGCGGCGCGAGGAGAAGCGGCUCCGACGCCUGGAGAAAAAGCGCAGGAGUAAGGAGAUGUACCUGUCUGAGGCUCAGCGCAGACCUUACUACGCCGACUAUUCCCCGGCACGGAAAUACAUCCACAGCCUCUGCACCAGCCACUACCUCGACCUGUUCAUCACCUUCAUCAUCGGGGUCAACGUCAUCACCAUGUCCAUGGAGCACUACAACCAGCCCAAGUCCCUGGAUGAAGCCCUGAAGUACUGCAACUACGUGUUCACCAUCGUUUUCGUGUUCGAGGCGCUUCUGAAGUUGGUGGCGUUCGGUUUCCGGAGGUUCUUUAAGGACAGGUGGAAUCAGCUGGAUUUGGCCAUAGUUCUGCUGUCCAUUGUGGGAAUCACCCUGGAGGAGAUCGAGAUGAACGCUGCCCUGCCCAUCAACCCCACCAUCAUCCGCAUCAUGCGCGUGCUCAGGAUAGCCAGAGUGCUGAAGCUGCUGAAAAUGGCCACAGGGAUGAGAGCUCUGCUGGACACGGUGGUACAAGCCCUUCCCCAGGUAGGGAACCUUGGCCUACUUUUUAUGCUCCUGUUUUUUAUCUAUGCUGCCCUGGGAGUGGAAUUGUUUGGCAAGCUCGAUUGCAGCGAAGAAAAUCCCUGCGAGGGCCUGAGUCGCCACGCCACCUUCACCAACUUCGGCAUGGCCUUUCUCACCCUCUUCAGGGUGUCCACGGGGGACAACUGGAAUGGCAUCAUGAAGGACACUCUGCGGGAAUGCACUCGGGAGGACAAGCACUGCCUCAGCUACCUGCCCGUCAUCUCCCCCGUCUACUUCGUCACCUUCGUCCUCAUCGCCCAGUUCGUCCUGGUCAACGUGGUGGUGGCCGUGCUGAUGAAGCACCUGGAGGAGAGCAACAAGGAGGCCAAGGAGGACGCUGAGAUGGACGCUGAGAUCGAGCUGGAGAUGUCCAGAGGGACGAGCACCUCGGCCCCGGGCGGGAGCAGGGGAGGUGCCGUGGCCCCCGAGGGCCGGGCGCCCUGCAGGGCUCAGGACAGCCUGAAGGCAGCGGUGCAGGUGAAGCACCAAGGCCUGGAGGUGCUGAGCUGUGAGAGUGUGUCUUUAGCCAUCCCAGACACGCUGGAGGGGGCAGAGGCUCCCAGCAUGGAAUUCCCGUCCUCCUGCUCUGUUUCCCACCAUGUCCUGCCACCUUCCCACAAAAGCCCAGGCCACCAGGCUGAGGGCAGCUCAGCCUCUCUGAGGCCCCAGGACUCCCAGAACCUGCUGACGGUCCGCAAGAUCUCCGUGUCCCGGAUGCAUUCCCUGCCCAACGACAGCUACAUGUUCCGGCCCGUGGUGCCAGCGAAAGCUCCCUUCCCCCUUCACGAGGUGGAGAUGGAAACCUAUCCCUGCAAAGCCCAAAGAGGAUCCAUCACCUCUAUCCGCUCCCAGCCCGUGGGCACGUGUUCCUCCCUGAGGGUGCCAACAGAGUCCCUGCAGCUGUCUGUCUGCUCCCCCAGCCACGAGGGCCGGCACCGCUGGAAGGUCCUUCCCCCCAACGUCACCCCUCGAUCUCCUGUCCUCAGCAAGCUGCUGUGCAGGCAGGAGGCCCUUCGAACGGACUCGGUGGACGGACAGACCGCAGAACGCAAGGACAGCUUGCAAGCAGAGCCCGGAGAGACACCGCCCUCAGCAAAGCAGCCCCCGAGCACCCUCAGCCCCGGCCCCCUGCCCUCCACAGCCGCCUCCCUGCCGGCCACCCCUCCGUGCUCCCCGCACCGCCCCCCCAGCCCCCUGCCCCGCAAGCUGCCCAGCCGGCCGCCCAGCCCCGCCGGCCCCGAGGGCUGCCCCGCAGAGCCCUCCGACCUGGCGGACGAGGAGGUUCGGCACAUCAACAGCUCGGCCAAAGACUGGGCGCGGGAGCACUCGGAGCCCGGGAGCCGCUCCGCCUCGCCCUUCAUCUCCCCGGCCCCGUCCCCGGUGCCCCUCAAGAACUGCAGCACGAGCAGCCUGUCCGGCGGCCGCAGGGAGAAGGACUUGAAGAAGUUCUACAGCACCGACACCAAGGGCUUCCUCAGCAAGCCCAGCUGGGCCGACGAGCAGCGGCGGCACUCCAUCGAGAUCUGCCCCUCCCUUGGCGACCGGCACUGCGGCUUCCAGGACCCCGCCGAGGAAAAGCAGCGGCCCCACGUCCCGGCGGAGUCCGACUACAUCCAUGGCGCCCGGAGGAAGAAGAAGAUGAGCCCACCCUGCAUUUCUAUAGAUCCUCCCAUGGAGGACGACGGCGGGGCGGCCCCACGCACCAAGCCCUCCGAGAACAGCAUGCUGAGGAGAAGGACCCCGUCCUGCGAGUUCCCGGCCUACAGAGAAUCCCUGGAGCUGGCGGAGAGCCAGCCGGGGGAGCCGGGCUCCAAAGCGGAGCGCCGGGCCCAGCCCCAGUGCCGGGGGGAGCUCCUCACCAUCCCCAACUUCUCCUUCGAGCAGUUGGACGGCGGCUCCCUGAGCAGCCUCUCGGAUCUCCUGGACAGCGGGCAGUCCACGCCGGACUCGCGGCCGGAGCCCGAACUGAAAAAGCCGGAUCACUUAAAGACUCAGCGGAGCAACGGCGAGAAAAGCAAAGAGCUGCUGGGCAUCGCCAAGAGCCCCCUCCGCAAGCAGGACUUGGCCCCCGUGACUGUUGCCACAGAAGAAGACGUGGAUGACCCAGUAUAGCUGUCUGGGAGGGGGGAAAGGGGGGGUCUCAAGGGCUUGACACCAACGUUGGGGUUCCACAGUGGGGACCGAGCGGCCGUGGGGGUCGUGGGUGGGUUUUCCCUCUCUGAGGGGUUUUCCCUCUCUGGCGUAGUCACUGGUUGGGAAGUUUGCAAAAAAAAAAAACCACACACACACACACACACACACACAGAGUGAGAAAAAUGA